AUGAGCCAACUGUCUGAAGAAACGUUAUCAAAGCAUGAAAGAGAUGAUAGUGACCCUAAGGGUUACAUCCCUGACGAACAAAGCUCCAGCACAAGAGAAGAGGAUUUCGUAAGACGAUUUGAAAGCAAUGCAGGUGUUCAACUGAUUGUUGAAUCUCUUGGAGGCCAGUAUGUUGAAAUGGGUCCUUUAGAAGAGGCUUACGAUGUUAAGAGGGUCCACACUCGCCCAGACCCUCAUACCACCUAUAAUGAAGAAGAUGAAUGGAAGUAUCCUAUCGAUGCACUGACACAAUUGAGAAUUGUGGAGUGGGUUGAGGGCGAUAAGGGAAACCCCAAAAACUUUGGCCAGGGUAGAAAGUGGCUCAUCACAAUGACCCUAGGAUUAAUUUGCUUUAUUGUUGCAUUUGGUUCUGCCGUUGUGACUGGUGAUAUGGAGGAACCUCUUGAGACCUUCAAUGUGUCCGAAGAAGUUUACAUUUUAGCCUCCAUCACUGUCUUUGUCCUCGGCUUUGGAUUUGGACCCCUUGCAUUUGCUCCUUUCUCAGAAGAGAUUGGAAGACAACCAAUUUACAUUGUGACCUUGUUUGUUGCACUUAUAUUUAUUAUUCCUUGCGCCCUUGCCGAGAACAUCGCUACUAUGCUUGUUUGUCGUUUAAUCGAUGGUAUUGCUUUCUCAGCACCAAUGUGUCUUAUCGGCGGCUCGUUGGCUGAUAUUUGGGAAGGUCACGAAAGAGGAAAAGCCAUGGCAGUCUUCUCAGCUGCUCCCUUUUUGGGUCCAUCGCUUGGUCCUCUCUUUGGUGGUCUUUUGGGUGAUUACACUUCUACAUGGAGAUGGAUCUACUGGACCUUCUUGAUUAUUGCUGGUGUGGGUUAUAUUCUUCUCCUCUUGUUGGUACCAGAAACGCACCAUCAAACCCUUCUCAAAAGAAGAGCCAAGAAGCUCCGUAAGUUAACUGGUGAUGACAGAUACAGAGCCAUUAGUGAGCUUAAGGUGAGAACUUUUAAGGAAAAGGUCAACGAGUCAUUACUUAGACCAAUGAUCUUGCUUGGCGAACUUAUCGUCUUCCUUGUCACACUUUACAUGUCCGUUGUCUACGGGUUGCUUUACAUGUUCUUCUUCGCAUACCCAGUGGUCUACAUGGAGGGUAAAGGCUGGUCCGCUACAAUGACUGGUGUUAUGUUUCUUCCAAUUGCUGGCGGUGUUGUCGUUGCAACCUUGCUUGCUCCACUCAUCAACAAGGACUACAAUAACAAAGCAAAGCCGUAUGUUGACAGAGGUGAACUUCCUCCUCCCGAGCUUCGUUUGAGACCUAUGCUUGUUGGCUGUUGGUUUAUUCCCGCUGGUCUUUUCUCCUUCGCCUGGUCCUCGUAUCCUCAUCUUUCCUGGGCCGGUCCUUGUUUCAGUGGCUUUGGUUGUGGUAUCGGUUUCCUUUCUUUGUACAACCCUGCAAACAACUACAUUGUUGACUCGUACCAGCAUUAUGCUGCCAGUGGAUUAGCCGCCAAGACAUUUGUCAGAUCGAUCUGGGGUGCCUGCGUUCCUCUUUUCACCGUUCAGAUGUACCACAAGUUAGGCUACCAAUGGGCCACCUCGUUAAUGGCCUUCAUUUCAUUAGCGUGCUGUCUUAUUCCAUACGCCUUUUACAUUUGGGGUGCCAGAGUGAGAGAGUUCUCCAAAUAUGCCUACACUCCAGAGAAGGAGAAGCAUUAA